UUUGCCGUAAACUUACCCGCAAAAUUUUGCUGUAAAAAGCAGUUUGUUAUUUUUACAGUUUCUGAUUUGUAUCUGCAUGGGAUUCUUACUUAUAGUAGCCAUGUGAUUUUUUUAACACAAUAUAAUCGCUUAGCUGUAGCUUUAGCUAUGGGUAAACGGGACAAGAAAGAUAAAGAAGAAAGAAAGGCAAAGAAAAAACAGAAGGUAGAAUUAGAGGCAGCAGAAGAGUAUGAUGACUUUGAGGAAGAGUCUCCACAAGAUGUAAAAUCAGCUGUACCAGAAUCUGCCACACGACAGGUUGAUGAUUCAGCAAAGGAGGAUGAAUUUGGUGCUAAAGAUUACAGAACAACACUGGACCUGAAGAAUGAUCAUAAUUCUAGGCCAUUGUUUGUUGCUCCAAAUGGACACAUAUUUCUGGAAUCAUUUUCUCCAGUCUACAAACAUGCACAUGAUUUUUUGAUUGCCAUAUCUGAACCUGUCUGUCGACCUCAAUUUGUUCAUGAAUACAAGUUGACAGCCUAUUCUUUGUAUGCAGCAGUAUCUGUGGGACUUGAAACAAAUGAUAUCAUUGAAUAUCUACGACGAUUAUGUAAAACUUCUCUACCUAAUGGCAUUGAAGAAUUCAUUAAGCUUUGUACACUAAGUUAUGGUAAAGUGAAGUUAGUACUGAAACAUAACAAAUACUAUGUGGAAAGCAUGCACCCUGAAGUUAUUCAACAGUUACUGAAGGAUCCUGUUAUACAAGAAUGUAGAUUCAGGUUGUCAGCUGAGGAAAGUGAAGGAGGCAUUGUAGAAGGUCAAGUGUCCAAUAAAUCUGCCUUACAGUUAAAUAAACCAGCCAAUGGUAACCCUGACCAGCCAGGUACGUCUGCUGAUGGCACCACAGAUGGCACUGAGCAGCCGACAGUACCGUCAGACAUAUUUGAUUAUUACGACAAGAUGGACAGAGAGGAUGAAGAUGAAACAGAAGAUUUAAAGACUGUGUCAUUUGAAGUGAAGGCUGAACAUAUAGAAACUAUGCAAAAAAGAUGUAUAGAGUUGGAGUUCCCUCUGCUGGCUGAGUAUGACUUUAAAAAUGACACCAUUAAUCCUGAUAUCAAUAUUGAUCUGAAGCCCUCUACAGUGUUGAGACCAUAUCAAGAAAAAAGUUUGAGGAAGAUGUUUGGAAAUGGACGAGCUAGGUCAGGGGUCAUUGUCUUGCCAUGUGGUGCAGGGAAGACUUUAGUAGGAGUAACUGCAGCCUGUACAGUGAGAAAGAGAUGUCUUGUUUUGGCAACAUCGGGUGUAUCUGUAGAACAGUGGAGAUCUCAGUUUAAGAUGUGGUCAACAGCUGAUGACAGUAUCAUCUGUAGAUUUACUUCUGAUGCUAAAGACAAACCAAUUGGAUGUUCUAUAUGUAUCAGCACAUAUUCUAUGUUGGCUCAUUCCAUGAAGAGAUCAUGGGAGGCUGAACGAGUCAUGGAAUGGAUGCAAAGUCAGGAAUGGGGAAUUAUGCUUCUGGAUGAGGUACAAACCAUUCCAGCUAAAAUGUUCAGGAGAGUGCUGACAAUAGUAAAUGCCCAUACAAAGUUAGGUCUGACAGCCACUCUGGUCCGAGAAGAUGACAAGAUAGCUGACCUUAACUUCUUAAUUGGACCAAAAUUGUAUGAGGCUAACUGGAUGGAACUACAAAAUAAGGGAUACAUUGCAAGAGUACAGUGUGCAGAGGUAUGGUGUCCAAUGAAUCCUGAGUUUUACAGGGAAUACCUCAAUACAAAGUCAAUGAAGAAACUGUUGUUAGCUGUGAAUAAUCCUAACAAGUUUCGAAAUUGUCAGUUCUUGAUCAAAUACCAUGAAAGGAGGAACGAUAAAAUCAUUGUGUUUUCUGACAAUGUGUUUGCACUGAAAAGUUAUGCAAUCAAACUCAACAAACCUUAUUUAUAUGGACCGACAUCCCAAGGGGAGAGAAUGCAGGUUUUACAGAAUUUUGUACAUAAUCCUAAAGUGAACACAAUAUUUGUAUCAAAGGUAGCUGACACGUCAUUUGAUUUACCAGAAGCCAAUGUAUUGAUACAGAUAUCAGCACAUGGUGGUUCACGUCGACAAGAAGCUCAGAGAAUGGGCAGAAUUCUAAGAGCCAAAAAAGGUGCUGUAGCUGAGGAAUACAAUGCCUUUUUCUAUACACUGGUAUCCCAGGAUACAUUAGAAGUGCAUUACUCCUUAAAGAGACAAAGAUUUCUGGUCAAUCAGGGAUACAGUUACAAAGUCAUCACUAAACUAGCUGGCAUGGAAACGGAAAAUUUAUACUACGGUACUAAAGAUGAGCAGGUACAGUUGUUACAGAAAGUUCUGGCUGCCACAGAACAGGAUGCAGAGGAAGAGAGGGGCGGAGAACCCGGCUCUCAGAUGAUGAGGAGGCCUGGCAGUAUGAGUUCUAUGUCAGGAGCAGACGACAGGCUAUAUAUGGAAUACAGAUCUAAAAAGAACAAAGAACAUAACCAUCCGUUGUUUAGGAAAUUCAGAAAGUGAAACAAAAUAUUUAUCAGUUGAUAAAUUUUAACUAUAUAAUCACUUUUGAUGAUCAUGUAGAGUUGACAAUGUGAACAGUUUUUUUUGUCAAUGUCAGUGAACUGUCAAAGCAUCACUCUGAAAUCAUAGUGCUAUAAAAUGACAAAUAAUUCAAAUCAUCAUUUACUAUAAAAGCUUUGUUAUUGUUGAUUAAAAGCAUAUUUGUCAAUGUAAGAAAAUUGUUAAAUAUUCAAUUUCAUUAAUCAAAUGCAUUCAUUAAGAAUUUAUGAAGAUGUUGUUUAAUAUGUUGAAAACAGAAUAAAUGUAAAACUGUG